AAACAAAAAAUAAGAAAACAGAAAAGAAACCCUAGAGAGGGGCAAAAUCGGGAAAACACAAGGAAGCCCCGCAGCACAGCAAACGACCGCAGCCUCCUCUCCGCCUCUCCUACACAGGAAAAUAAAGCUAAAAGCCUAUCCCCAUUUUGCCUACUACAAUCGCUCAUUUUCUGUAUUUAUAUCCAACCAAAUCCUACCUUUAGACUUUCGAUCCUUCGCUUCUAAAUCGAACAUCAAAAACUCGUGAAUUUUUGUUGCAAAUCGCUAAGAUCAAUUCAAUCAAUCCUUAUUCUUUCUAAAUUUAGUAAAAGAUGGAGGAAAUUACAGAGGGAGUGAGCAACAUUGCCAUCGCCGGAGAUACUCAGAAGAAGAACCGAAUCCAGGUCUCCAACACCAAAAAGCCGCUCUUCUUCUACGUCAAUCUCGCGAAGAGGUACAUGCAGCAGCACAACGAAGUGGAGCUUUCAGCUCUCGGAAUGGCCAUUUCAACAGUUGUUAGUGUUGCUGAAAUCUUGAAGAACAAUGGAUUUGCAGUUGAGAAGAAGAUCAUGACUUCUACUGUUGAAAUCAGAGACGAGUCUAGAGGACGACCCAUCUCGAAAGCCAAAAUUGAGAUAGUGCUGGGGAAGACAGAUAAAUUUGAUGAAUUGAUGGCAGCUGCUGCAGAGGAGAGAGCGGGAAAUGGUGAAGAGCAAAGUUAAAAAUUGUGUUUUGUUGAUCAUGGGGUUCUUUGUUAUAUUAGGACCUUAAAUUUGAGCUAAUAUUUGAAUGCAUUUUCUAAAUUAGAACUCCUAGUUGUAGUCAAUCUAGGAUUUUGAGUGCAGUCAGCAUGGCAGCUAUGAAGAUUCUCUGUUAGCAACCCAGGAAACAAUCACCUUCAAUUCAAAAUUCAGUUUUCUUGUCACAAUCUUCUAAUUGAUGUGUGAAGAUACCUGUAAACUAAUUGCAAAUGUUCAUCAAUUUCGUGUGAUGCUACACUUAGAGCACAUCGCAUAUUAUUCCAUCUAUGUGCUCACAAACACUCAAAUUAAUAUGUUUAAAUCGAUGAUAAAAGAUUUAUGUUA